CAUUGCCAUUCCUGGCGACAUAAUUUUUAUUGAGAAAAAGAGAAACACGUACAAGUGUGGCAGGGACGACCUAGAGGAGCACAAGGAAAUUAAAUGACUAGUCGUUUAGGUUUGGUUGGGUGCUUCAUAGUUAUAGUGGCUCUAGUACUCAAGGGUUCAUCUGCAGCAACUUAUACAGUUGGAGACGAAUUGACAUGGACCACUCCACCCGGUGGCGAAAUUGCCUAUAGCACCUGGGCUCGUUCGAAGUCUUUUAAUAUUGGUGACGUUAUAGUGUUCAACUGGACUGGGACGCACGAUGUUGCUGAAGUGGCAAAAGAAAAUUAUGAUAACUGCACAGACACUGCCAUUGGUUCAAUACAAACAACCAGCCCAGCAAAUUUCACUCUAACUACCAACGCUACUCGCUAUUUCAUCUGCACCAUUAGUUCCCACUGUGAAGUUGGCCAGAAGGUGACCAUUGGCAUUGGAUCCGAUUUCUGGAACUCCGCUUCAUCUCUCAAAUAUGGUGCCUUGUCUGCUGUUCUGUCCACCAUAGCCAUCUCGUUCUUGACAUUUUUCUGAAGUUCACCAUAUCUAUUAUAGUAGAUUUCCACUUGCAUUAUAGUCUUUGUUUUUUCUUUAAUUUUUGUUAUGCCAAUAUUCUUCUUGUAGUUUGGUACACUAGAUAGCAUGAAUCACGUACCAAUACCAUAUACUGGAGUGAAUUACAAUAAUAAAAUUGAUCACAGCUCAUUUCAUUGA